CUAUUCUAAUUUCUCAUUGUUGCCUGCUCCAUGCACUUAUUAUUAUUUAUUAAACCCUGGUUAUAUCUAUUUCAAAAACCAUCAUAUUUCUCUCUUUUUCUUCUCUCUCUAACAGUACAUAGGAUUCUCCGUGGAGGCCUGUUUGUGGGGUUGUCUGUGUUGACAAAAAGGAAGUUCUCUAAUUUUAGGCUGAGUGAGGUACUCCUUUGAAAAUUCUUGGUCUUAAGUCCUAUUUCCUGUUAGAUCUAGCUAUUUUUAGGAACCCUUGUUUGCUGUUAAACCCUUAGACCUCAUAAAAAUUCAAUCUUGAAAUCAUUUAUCAACAAAAAGUUCAAUCUUGAAACCUCCUAUAAUCUGCACUUUAGGUCUAUCUUUAGUGAAUAACCUUUGAUCUUAAAAAUUCCCAUUCUUGUUUGAAGGGCUUGAUUGCCCUUGAACUGUUGAUUUUAUUAGUUGGGUAGUGCAAAGUUGUUGAGUUCCAUCAAAAUGAGUGAAGCCAAACAAGAAGCGCAAGUCAACAACCCCCCUUCUUAUUCCAGAAACUUUCCUGAUUUCAAACAAUCUGUGAAGCUCAAGUAUGUGAAACUUGGAUAUCAUUACCUCAUUACCCAUGGAAUGUACCUAUUUUUAUCCCCUCUAGUUAUUAUCCUUGCUGCUCAACUCUCUACGUUCUCGCCCACUGACCUAUAUAUUCUUUGGGAGCAGCUUAGGUUCAAUCUCAUAUCCGUCGUCAUAUGCUCCACCCUUUUGGUCUUCCUGUCCACCCUCUAUUUCCUAACCCGUCCUCGCCCUGUAUAUCUUGUUAAUUUCUCGUGCUAUAAGCCUGAAGAUUCUAGGAAAUGCACAAGGCAGAUUUUCAUGGAGAGGUCAAAGUUGACUGGUUCAUUCCCUGAUGAAACUCUUGAGUUCCAAAAGAAAAUUCUUGAGAGGUCUGGCCUUGGUGAAUCAACCUAUCUCCCUGAAGCUGUGCUGAGGGUACCACCAAAUCCUUGUAUGGCAGAAGCACGAAAAGAAGCUGAGAUUGUUAUGUUUGGUGCCAUUGAUGAGCUCCUUGCUAAAACCGGUAUUAAGCCAAAGGAUAUUGGAAUUCUAGUUGUAAACUGCAGCUUGUUUAAUCCAACCCCCUCAUUGUCUGCAAUGAUUGUGAACCAUUACAAGCUUCGUGGGAACAUUGUUAGCUACAAUCUUGGUGGAAUGGGUUGUAGUGCUGGUUUAAUCUCGAUAGAUCUUGCAAAAGAUCUUCUUCAAGUCCAUCCCAAUACGUAUGCUUUGGUGCUCAGCAUGGAAAACAUCACCCUGAACUGGUAUUUUGGGACUGAGAAAUCGAUGCUCCUUCCAAAUUGCUUAUUCCGGAUGGGAGGUGCUGCUGUAUUGCUCUCCAACAAAGGAUCUGAGCGAAGAAGAUCAAAGUACCAGUUGGUCCAUACUGUCAGAACUCACAAAGGCUCCGAUGACAAGUGCUUUUCUUGUGUUUAUCAAAUGGAAGAUCCCAAUGGAAAAGUUGGAGUAUCACUGUCAAAGGAUUUGAUGGCAGUAGCCGGCGAUGCUCUAAAAACCAAUAUCACUACAUUGGGUCCUCUUGUGCUUCCCAUGUCCGAGCAGUUGCUUUUCUUCGCCACCCUCGUGGGAAGAAAACUGUUGAAGAUGAAGAUCAAACCUUAUAUCCCAGACUUUAGAUUGGCCUUUGAGCAUUUCUGCAUUCACGCUGGUGGCAGAGCUGUGUUAGAUGAAAUAGAGAAAAACCUGCAACUCACUGACUGGCACAUGGAGCCUUCAAGGAUGACAUUGUAUCGAUUCGGCAACACCUCAAGCAGCUCCCUUUGGUACGAAUUGGCCUACUCGGAAGCUAAGGGAAGGAUCAAGAGGGGAGACCGAACUUGGCAGAUAGCGUUUGGUUCAGGGUUCAAAUGUAACAGUGCAGUUUGGAAAGCUUUACGAUCGAUUAAUCCAGCCAAGGAGAAGAGCCCGUGGAUGGAUGAGAUCGACCAGUUCCCUGUGGAUGUUCCAAGGGUUGCAAAAAUCUAACAAUCCAAAUGGAGCUUUCAUUUAGCUUAGUGUUCCCAAAAAAUGCGGGUGAUUAUUCUUUUUCAGUUGGCAUGUGCUGUUCAGUUGUUUCCUUGUGAUUCUAAAGCUAGUCUAUAGCUGAUCUAAUUCUAUUGAGAAGCUUAGAUAGGGAAUUCUACUUGCUCUCAAUUUGUUAUGAGAAUCAAGUAAGUCUUCUGAUGUUUCUGAAUAUUGAGUUUAGGGUCGUUGACUUGUUGGUUAAUUUGGAAUUCAGGGGGGUAAUUGUUGAAUAUCUAUCAGUUGAUAUUCAUGUACUAUUUCUUAUUCAUCAUUUAUCCUAGAAAUUCAUAUUCAUUAUUCA